CGGAGGAGCGCGAGCCGGUCCACGCGCCUCUGCGAGUCUCAACACGGCUGGAAGAACCUGUCCAACUCCUGAAGGGACCCGGUGCAGAAUGGAGUGGUAUGUCCUGGUGCUGAUGCUGAGCCUGCCGCCCUCCAUCCACACAGACUGCUCGGCUGAGUGCCAGAAAUGCGCGCGGCAGCUGCUGCGCCCCGCCGCCUUCAGCCGCCUGUCCUGCAGUCCGGACUGUGAGGAGGAGCUGCAGGGCUGCGCUCCGGUUCCGAGCCUGGCGGACAUCACGGAGGAGGAGGAGGAGGAGGAGGAGCGGCAGCAGGCGGAGCUGGUCAAGCGCUACGGAGGCUUCAUCAAGAGGCUCGACAAGAACAAGAACCAGCUCUUCACCUCCUCCAACUCCGUCCUGGAGCCCGCCGCGGCUCCCAAACUCUACCAGGAGCUGCUGAAGCGGCUGCAGGCGCGCGGCGCGCCGCGGGGCGACGAGGACGCGCGCGGGUUCGUUAAACGCUACGGCGGCUUUUUACGCAAAUUCGGCCCCAAAUCAAAGAGGAGUAGCUCCGGGGAGCAGGAGGAGGAGGAGGAGGAGAGCCGGGAGGAGCUCCAGAAGCGCUACGGCGGCUUCAUGCGGAGGGUCCGGCCCAAACUCAACAACCUGAAGUGGGACAAGAGGUUCGGGGGGUACCUGCGGCGCCAGUUCAAGUUCUCCGUGCGCUCCGAGGAGGAGCCGCUUUAAGAGAGGAGCUCCUGAACUCCUCCAG